GAAGAGUCGUCCCCUACCCGUUCGAUGCGACGACCCGGGGAGCCCCGCGUGUCCCCAGGCAUCCGCCGACGUGUCCCGGCAACUGCAAAGCAAAAGGACACUGACUGAAACCGCAGCCGCCAGAGCCCAGACGCCCCAGAGGGACAGACACAGAGCCAGGGAUGGAGAUGGAGAUUGCGAGAGGAGCAGCGAAGGCGGGGAAGGCCGGCGGUGGAGGAGGAGCGACGGCGUCAGGGGAUUACUGGACUGCGGCGCUCAAGUCGUUCUUCGACCACAUCCCCGUCUCCUCCGUCUCCGGCGCGCUCCAGUCCUCUCCCUCCGCAGCCCCAGCGUUGGAGCUCAACCUUGAUGCCUGCGUGCUGGACGCCAUCGGCUCCAUGUACCUCAGCAAUGUCGCUGGCGCGGUGAUCGUCGACGAUGUCCAGACUAGUUUCCGCAACUUCGUCGACCGCGACAUCGGCUUUGUUGAUUUCCCCAGCCUCCUCUUAUGGGCACUGGAGGAACUUGAUAAAGUCAGCACCGAACAAGAAGACAAAAGUUCCGACUUCCUCUCGAGUGUCAAACUGCAUCCUCAGAUUUCAGAAACAAAGAUUGCCUCGUUAGCGAAGCUAUUCCUAUGGGAGCCAUUCUUCCCUGUUCGGCCCCAUGAUACGCUCUUCCAUGCUAUGCUUCUAUUCUCGAAACACCACAGGCUCAAUGUUAUACCUGUCGUCGAGUCGAUGAACUCAAGUGUUGCGGGAUUUGUUACUCAGACUGGAGUAAUGGAGUUGCUUCUCCAAUCAAGUGGUCUUGAAUGGCUUGAUAAAAUUGCAGAUAAACAACUUUCUGAAUUUAGGUUCACUAAUGAGAGUAGGCCUGCUACAGUGUACUCAGAUCAGACUGAGUCUGAUGCCCUCCAUGUUCUUUCAAGGGAGAAAACAGCAGUUGCAGUUAUCGACAGGAAAACUCAGUACUUUAUUGGAAUGAUUCAGUGCAGCGAUCUUUACCUGCUGUUGGACGAUCAAUCCCUAUUCAGGAAGAGAAAGACCCUGAGUGCAGAAGAAUUCGUCAAACUGAAGACCAAGAAUGAUGACGGCAGUACAGAGCAUUCAUCAGCGUCUGAUAACCAGAACAUCCUCAGCCUCAGAAACAGAGAGCAGCAAAGAACAGGCCUACCGGUAACGAACCGGAAAUCUGACACCCUGAAGCAAGCAAUGGAGAAUCUAGCAGCCUCCGGAAGCAGCUGCAGCUUCAUCAUCGACGAGCAUGGGCACGUGGAAGGAGUCGUGACAACAAGAGACGUCAUCUCCGUCUUUUCCCCGCCGUGCAUGGACUCGAGGAUCGACGGGGGCACCUUCUUCUCGGCUGCGCUCGAGCAGGCGGGCUGCCGUGUUGAGAAUGGACAGAUGUUUAGGAACGCCUAGCUUUUUCUUCUUCUGAUACUGACCAUGAGGUUUGAGCCAGUGAUGAUUGGACAGAUUACAUCGCUAAGGGCAGAAUGCAGAUGACUCAGCUGUUGCCUGUUGGCCUGUUUGCUCUUCAGUGUUCACUAGUACAAUAUUUGGCAUUGUUGAAGUUACCACAUCCUGCCCUGUUUACUUAACAGAAAAUAAAUCAGUAUGUAAUGGCAUUGA